CAAAAUCUUAUAAAUUAGUGGUGCAAAUUGCCACGCAUCAGUCGGAACACAGAGACGGAGAGAGAAUGGAAGUGGAAGCAGUGAAGAGAUACCUGGAGAAAGGAGGAGAAGAGAACGCAGCCACGAUCGAUGGACUGCCUCUCAGAUUUUUCGAACGAUUCACCAUGCAAGGUCUGCGUGUCGAUCUCAUCGAACCUGGCCGUCUGAUUUGCUCCCUCAAAGUCCCCACUCGUUUACUGAACUCUGGUAAUUUCUUGCAUGGUGGAGCGACGGCAACACUGGUGGACAUGGUGGGAUCGGCUGUUAUAUACACUGUUGGAGCUCCAGUGACUGGAGUUUCGGUGGAGAUCAACAUUUCAUACUUGGAUGCUGCUUUUGCUGAUGAGGAAAUUGAGAUUGAGGCUAGGGUUUUACGUGUUGGGAAGGCUGUUGGAGUUGUCAGUGUUGAGUUCAGGAAGAAAGAGACGGGCAAAAUUAUUGCUCAGGGGCGUCAUACCAAGUACCUUGCUGUGCCUAGUAAGAUGUGAAAACGUGCUUCUAUUUUUUCGUUCAUUUGAAAUUCGAAUGUUGUAGUUUCGUUCCCAUUGUAAAUAAAAUAAUGAUUGUUUAACAAUACAUGUGCUUGAAUUACGUAUUCUGGAAGUCUGGAAUUUUACCU